AUGCCUAAUGAUAGCAAUACUGACAGCUUAAGAACAUAUGAUCAAACGCUUAUAAUUCCAGGAAAUAGCAAUGCUCCACCAAGAAGACAAACGGUUCCUGACAGUUUACAAACACCAUUACAUGCUCCUCGACGUUCUCGUCAAAUAAUGACAGACUCUUCUAUUAAACAUGUCUUUAAAUUGCUAUGUCAACAUUGUAAGACACUUGUUUGUGCUCGAGGCAUGAAAGCGAUUCUUUUAGCCGAUAAAAAUAUCGAAUUAUACAGUACAGACGUACCCUCUUCCAAUAUUUGUGCUUUAGAUAAAAUAUAUUUAACAAGUAGUUGUCACUGUAGAAUUCAAGACGUAGCCUGUCUUGAAUGUGGAAACAUUAUUGGGUAUCAUAUUGUUGCACCAUGUUCAUCUUGUUUGAAUUCAAGAAAUAAUGGUCACUUAUGGAUGUUUCGUUCAGAGGAAUGCAAACCAUUAAAACGUUAUGAUACUCAACGAAACUUUAUAUGCUGGUCAAAUAUUCCAUGCACGUUUAAUGCAAAAAAAAAAAAUGUAUGGCAGUUUUUGCAACCUAGAAUACUUUUGGUACAUUUAUCAUUCAGAAGCUUUGUUGCCUUGAUAAUCAUUGAAACGAAAGGAUGCAGACCUUUCAUUGUAGAACCUGAAGAUUUGGGGGGCAUAUGUUUGAGAGCAUAUAUUAUAUAA